AGGCUAAAAGGAAAUCUCAGGCUGGAUUCGACCGCCAGAAGAAGAAGAAGAAGAAAGCUGGAUUCGACCGUUCGCCACAGCCCUAGGUUCGCCGCGCAAAACAAGCUAUAAACCGUCAUAAUGCUUCCCCUGUCACUCUUAAAGACCGCUCAGAAUCAUCCCAUGCUGGUGGAGCUGAAGAAUGGAGAGACCUACAACGGUCACCUGGUCAGCUGUGACAACUGGAUGAACAUCAACCUGAGAGAAGUCAUCUGCACAUCCAGGGAUGGAGAUAAAUUCUGGAGGAUGCCUGAGUGCUACAUCCGAGGAAGCACCAUCAAAUAUCUGCGUAUCCCAGAUGAGAUCAUUGACAUGGUGAGGGAGGAGGUGGUGUCGAAAGGACGAGGUCGCGGCGGCUCUCAGCAGAAUAAACAACAGGGCAAAGGAAGAGGAGGGCCCGGCCGAGGUGUGUUUGGUGGUCGUGGGAGAGGGAUGUCUGGGCCUGGUCGAGGACAGCAGCAGCAGCAGGAUAAGAAAGCAGGAAAACCACAGGGGAUGAAAAACCAGCACUGACACACAAUGAUGCUUCGUUUGUUUUAAACACUUCCUGUUGAGGGACGUCUGCCUCAGUAACAAUGACAUCAACUCUGCUGUUUCUCUCUGUUGUGAUGUUUACAACAACCGAUUGUUGCCAGAUAAUACUUAAGUUUGAUUUUUUAAAUCCUUUUUAUUGGUGUAGAAAAGUCGAGGCCCAAAUUUAGUUUAGUAGAUAUUUUAACUGGCUUUUUCCUCAUUUCUGUAGUUUACUUCCAGCUUUGUUAUCUGAAAGAUUUUCUUUAUAACCACAGCUGGUGAAGCAGUAGAGCGACAGCCAACAGGACUCACUUCCUGAAUAUUUCUGUUUAAACCUUUAUAAGACGGCAUGCACUGAUUAUGCUUUCUGAAAAAGAAUAAAACGUUCUCUUAUUCUCUAGUCCAACAUGGAGGAGUCCAUACUUCCUUGGGUUGAUUGUGUUUCGCUUAAUUUUUGUAACAAACGACAUGGUAAUUUAUUUACGAGAAUAAAAGUUUGUUUGAGCAGUU